AUGGCUAUUUUGGGGAUGUUUGAGAUCACUAUAUUAAAUAGCAACAAUAAAAGCAUUAAAUUCGUUUUACGGCCAUUGUGUGUAUCAGUUGACUCGGUUGCUCGCUCUAUAAUCAAAAAUAGAAUACAGUUUAAUGGAUACUAUGGAUGUAGUUGGUGCUACGAUAAAGGUGCAUGCAUUAAAGGUGCUUCUAUUUUGACAACACUUGAACAUUUCGAUUGGAUUUGGGGAUUUCCUGUGGACUACAUGCAUGACAUACUAUUAGGAGUUGUUCACCAAAUAUGGAUUGAAUGGAACUCUCCUAUAAUACAAUUUGUUUGUGAAAUUGAGAUUUUAUACGGUAAAAACGCUAUGACAUUCAAUAUGCACUCUUUAUUGCAUAUAGUUUACAACGUUUGUAUGAGUGGUCCAUUGUGGGCAAUUUCGGCAUUUCCGUAUGAAAAUGAAAUUUUUCAUUUAAAACAAAAUGUCAGUGGAAAAAAUAGAGUAUCAAAUUGCAAAUAA